AUGCAUCCUCAAGGUUACCCGACUGAAGCCGUGCAAAUGCAGGGCAUGGGUAAUGGUGGACUCACCGGUCAGCCUGGAGUGGUCCAGCACACUGCUGUGAACAUCACCGCAGGGCAACAAGUCAUCACCGAGUCCCCCAAAGACCAUAUCAUCUGGUCGCUCUUUUCCUUUGUCUACGCAAACCCUUUUUGCCUUGGACUUGCAGCUCUCAUUUAUUCCAUCAAGGCCAGAGACAGGAAGAUGGUUGGAGAUGUGGAUGGUGCACGACAUUAUGGCUCCACUGCUCGCAGUCUCAACAUUGCUGCCACAGUCAUAGCUGUCACUGGCUACGAAGUGUCCUUGGGCCAGACAUUUGAAGCAGCCGGUAAGCAACAGGUAAUGAUAAACUUCAAACCAAUAUGA